AUGAUUCCUAAUGCAAUCUUACGGGCUGUGGCUGCUGCUUCUACACGCCGAGUAGCCGCCGAUGACUUCGGAGGGCCGUGCUGCUGGAAUGGCAGGUAUGGAGACGAAGACGAGCCCUCUCCUGACGCCGUACAAGAUGGGCGAAUUCAACCUGGCGCACAGGGUCGUUCUAGCGCCGCUGACCCGGUGCCGGUCGUACGGGAACCUUGCCCAGCCGCACAACGCUCUCUACUACGAGCAGAGGGCGGCGCCGGGCGUGCUCCUCGUCGCCGAGGCCAACGCCGUGUCCGAGACCGCCCGGGGCUACCCGAACGUGCCGGGCCUGUGGAGCGACGAGCAGAGUUCCAGCCUAAUGGGGAGGCCCCGGUCUCAAGCACGGACAGGCAAGUCACCCCUCAUGUCGGCCAUGACGGCACGGUCCUGGAGUUCGCCGCCCCUCGGAGACUGGAAACGGAGGAGAUACCCCACAUCGUCAACGACUUCCGGAUCGCCGCCAGAAAUGCCAUCAGAGCUGGAUUUGACGGAGUGGAGAUCCACGCGGCCAACGGGUACCUGAUCGACCAGUUCAUGAAGGAUGGCGUCAACGACCGUACUGAUGCGUACGGGGGCAGCCUGGAGAAUCGCUGCCGCUUCGCCACCGAGGUGAUUGCGGCCGUGACCGACGAGGUCGGCGCGGGCCGCCUCGGCGUCCGGCUCUCCCCAUUCGCCGACUACGUGGACUGCGUCGACUCCGACCCGGAGACGCUUGCCCUGUACGUCAUACGCUUCAUGAACGGGCUUGGGGUCCUCUACUGCCAUGUGAUCGAGCCGCGGAUGUGCGUCAACGAGAACGACGGCAGCCUGAUGAUCCCGCACCGCCUGUUGCCCUUCAGGAAGACCUUCAAGGGCACGUUCAUGGUGAAUGGAGGGUAUGACAGGGAAGAAGGGGACAAGGCUAUCGCCGAUGACUACGCCGACCUGGUCGCGUACGGGCGGCUCUUCUUGGCGAACCCCGACCUGCCGGAGAGGUUCAGGAAGAACGCGGCGCUGAACAAGUAUGACAGGAGUACGUUUUACACCUCUGAUCCCAUUGUUGGCUACACAGACUACCCGUUUCUUGAUUUGCCUUAGCUAAGCUAUCUCAAAGAUGGGUUGUCUGAAUCCACCAUGGUUUGUUAGUUUGCACGGAUAUAAAAUCGUCACAAAACAUGAAUUGGAUGGGUUGUCUGAUCCUGCUUGAGGGUGUAUUAUUAUAGAUAGGGUUUUUUCUAUGUCUCAGUGCGACGCGCUCCAGUUACAUUUCCUUUUAAACUGUGGUUAUACUUUAUUUUUUUGGUGGUGUGCUAAUUGGGUGAACAUACAAGUUAUUUUACCUCUUGCUACGGAGUUCUUUGUAUUCAAAACUAGCAUUUUGCCUUCAAAGCAUCUCA